AUGCGGGAGAGCCCCAAGGCGCAGCGGCUGCUGCGGGACUGGGGCAGCCUGGCGCGGGUGGUGGCACUGCCGCUGAGCAAGAGUCCGGAGUUCCGCGAGGAAUUCCGGACUCUUGCUGCCCAUCCCCCUGGUGGCCUACCGGGGUGCUUCCAAGGAGGACCCCGUGCUGCAGCUGUACCCUGGGGCAAGGCCAGCAGCAGCGCUCCGUUCAGCAGCUACGGGGGCCCCGACGUGGCUGCUGCAGAAUUUGCUUAUUGGGUGUUGGCUUAG